AUGGAUGUUCAGAAGUAUUUGGCACGUAUCGGCUGUUCUGGCCCAUGUCCUCCGACAUUGGAGACAUUACGAUACGUUCACCUGAAUCACUUGAUGGCAGUUCCCUUUGAGAAUCUCACUAUUCAUAUCGGAGAGCGGGUCAGGCUUGAAUUGCCACUUCUAUAUGAAAAAAUCGUCCUCAUGCGCCGUGGAGGAUUCUGCUUUGAGAAUAAUGGACUCUUCUCUUGGCUUUUGUCUCAGCUGGGCUUUAACGUGACUAUUCUCUCCGCACAGGUCAAGAAUCGGUUCACCGGCGCUUACGGACCUCCCUUCGACCACUUCAUCAUGAUGGUGAAGCUGGAUGGACACAGAUGGCUCUGUGAUGUUGGGUUUGGAUACGGUUUCCAGCUCCCUCUCUCUCUUGAGACAGACAGUCCUCAAGCCCAGAGCCAUGGAGUGUAUCGCCUCAGAUCUCAGGGAGACUUUAUUUUCAUGGAAAUGAAAUCUGAGACUGAGGUAUUAAAGAGUGCAGAAGAAUGUUGGUUGGAGCAGUACAAAUUCACGCUGGAGCCAUGUGAAAGAGAUGAUUUCAGAGCCAUGUGUGACUACCAUCAGAGUUCUGUUAGCUCGAUUUUCUUCUGCAAGUCUCUCUGUUCACUCUUAUUGCCCACUGGAAGAAUCACAAUCAUGGGCCGCAGACUGAUUAUAACCACUUUGACCUCAGUGGAUGGACACCAAGCUAUGAAAACCACAACAGAUCUUUCAGAUGAAGAAAUUACAGAGUUGUUGAGAGAGAAGUUUGGAAUUGUUCUUCCUUCUCCACUCACUCCAAAAGAUGUUGAGAUUGUACCACCACCAGUUACUUAUUAAGUGAUUGUUUAUUUGUUGGGUCUUUCAUGCUCUUUAAGUUUUAUGAAUAACAUUAUUGUUUAACCUAUAGUAGAUUAAGUGGUUGAGGGUUAUGCCUUUUUUAUUUAGUAAUGUAUCUCAGUGGUAACUCAGUAGUUGUUUGUGCUAGAUCUCUCAAAAUUUGAUACAUGUUAGCCACAUUUGUCUACUACAAAUAGCUUACUUGGACGUACUACACAAUCACAGAUUAUGUGAGUUAAUGUCAAACACAAAGAGUUCCAUUGUUACAACCUAUCCCACUACUGAGAUGAGUUAGCUGGGAUUAGAUGUAGCCUAACAAAGCUGAAAUUCGCUGAAAUAAGAGAAACACAAUUUAAAUUUAUGCAAGAAUGUUAUUGAAGAACAAAGAAUGAUCAUGUUUUGAAUAAAGUGAACAAUUUAAAGUGACAAAAACAUUGAAUUUUAGUACUUUUAUUACUUUAAAUUUAGCACAAAUCAUUUGUCGUGUGUGUUUAUGUGUAUUGUAUUCCUGUAACAUAAGGGUUCAGUCACUAUGUUGCCAUCCACCUAUUUUUAUGUGAAUUUUGGGAUAUUACAUUUAAAAAAAAAAACUGGAUGGAAAUGCCAAGAUGUGCAUAAAUUCUAAAAAAAAAAAAAAAAUGUGCACAAAAAAGGUAUGCUCCCAAUCGAGGUGGAUAUUGUUUUUAUUCAAUAAGACAUGCAUAAUGAUGGAAACACGUUUACCAAAUAAAUCCUUUGAUGCGCAACAAAAAA